AUGUUAGAGAACGAUGAUGGGAGAAACAGGUGGAACGGGCUGUGGGUGCUACUGUGCGUCUCUUUGACAAGCCUGGCUGCUGCCACUCAGGGGAAGACGGUGAAAUAUCAGACCUUUGAGGAAGACGCACCGGGAACAGUGAUUGGAAACUUAGCCAAGGACAUCUCCUCCACUCCCUUCACCGGGGGGCUCCAGGAACAAUUCAGGAUGAUGAAACAGUUCAACUCGUCUUUCAUCCGUCUGAGGGAGAGCGACGGGCAGCUGACCAUAGGGGAGAGGAUAGACAGGGAGCGGAUCUGUAAACACACCCUGCACUGCCUCAUCGCUUUCGACGUGGUCAGCUUCUAAGAGCAGUUUAAACUCAUCCACGUCGAGGUGGGCAAGGACAUCAACGACAACUCCCCAGAGUUCCCCCGGAAAGAGUCGAGUCUGGAGAUCUCCGAGGAACACGGCGGUGGGCACGCGGAUACCUCUGACUUCGCCGUGGAUGAGGAUGUUGGCGCAAACUACAUCCAAAGCUACCAGAUCUCCGUCAACAGCCACUUUUCUAUAGACGUGCUGAGCAGGGCCGACGGGGUUAAAUAUGCGGAGCUGGUACUUAUGAAGGAGUUGGACCGGGAGACGCAGGCUUCUUACGCGCUGGAGCUGGUCGCCAUGGAUGGCGGAAACCCGUCCCGCACGGGAACAACGCGCAUCAACAUCAAGGUGAAAGACUACAACGACAACAGCCCGGUGUUCGACCGGAACAGCUUUUCCGUGGACCUGCCCGAGGACGCGCCGGUGGGCUCGCUCCUGCUGGACCUCAACGCCGAGGACCCGGACGAGGGACUGAACGGUGAGGUGGUGUACGGGUUCGGUCCCCAGGUGCCCACGGAAAUCAGGCAGCUGUUCAGAGUGGACAGAAAAACCGGGAGGCUCACUUUGGAGAGCCCGAUCGACUUUGAAAGUAAGAACACGUACGAGUUUGACGUGCAGGCCACCGACCUGGGUCAACCGAGUCCGGCCAUCUGCAUCGUUGUGCAGGUGCAGGACGUGAACGACAACGCGCCGGAGAUUUCAAUCACUCCCAUGACUUCGAUCACGGCGGGAAUAGCGUACAUCACGGAGGCGGCGGCGCGGGAGAGCUUCGUGGCGCUGGUCAGCACCUCGGACAGAGACUCGGGCGCGAACGGACAGGUGCACUGCACGCUGUACGGACACGACCACUUCAGACUGCAGCAGGCGUACGAGGACAGCUUCAUGAUUGUGAGUACAAGUCCUCUAGACCGGGAGAAAAUCCCCGAGUAUAACCUGACGGUGGUGGCCGAGGAUCUGGGCUCGCCCCCCUUCAGAACCAUCACGCAGUACACCAUCCGGCUGACGGACGAGAACGACAACGCGCCGGUGUUCAGUAAGCCCGUGUACGAAGUGGCCGUGGUGGAGAACAACGCGCGAGCCUACAUCACCACGGUGGUGGCGCGGGACAUGGACAUGGGGUCAAACGGGAAGGUCAGCUAUAAACUCGCGGACACUUAUUUCAUGGGCUCCCCCAUCUCCACCUUUGUGUCCCUGGACCCGGCCAGCGGCUCGCUUUACGCGCUCCGGAGCUUCAACUACGAGGUGGUGAAGCAGCUGGACCUGCGCAUCACGGCCAGCGACGGCGGCUCCCCGCCUCUGUCCGGCAGCGCCAACGUUUACGUGAGGAUCGUGGACCAGAACGACAACGCGCCCUUCAUCACGCAGCCGGCUCUCAGCAACGGCUCCGCCGAGGUGCUGCUGCCCCGGGACGCGCCGGCCGGGUACAUCAUCACCCGGGUGGAGGCGCGGGACGCGGACGAGGGCGUCAACUCGGAGCUGUCCUUCGGGCUCGCCACCGGCGAACCGUCCGUGUUCUCCGUGAACAAAGCCACGGGGGAGAUCUACCUCAACCAGGUGCUGAGCCACGACGUGGACGAAACCCUGAGCGUGACCGUGACGGUGAGCGACGGCGGGCGGCCCGCGCUCACCUCCACCGCCGCGCUGCACUUCCUCAUCAUCGCGGGCUCCCCGCCGAGCGACAGGACCCUGUACCAGCCGGGGGGCGGGGACGAGGUGCACGCGCAGUGGGACCUGUCCGUGGUGAUCAUUGUCGUGCUCGCGGGCAGCUGCACCCUCCUGCUGCUCGCCAUCAUCCUCAUCGCCACCACCUGCAACCGGCGCAAGCGGGACAAGAGCGAUGAGGACAGCGACUCGUACGGGGAGAAGGGCACUGAGCGGGGGAGGACCCACGUGGCGGACAACCCGCUGCUGCCCCUGCACGGCGCCGCGGCCGAGGCGGGCUUUGACGGACACUCGUACGGCAGCCAGCCCGGCGGGUUCACCUCCGCUCACCCCGGGAGCAGCGACCUGUGCUCGGCCUCAGAGGACGGCAGCGAGGUGCCCUGCGUGUACGACUCCGACAACAACAGCAAGCCUCGAGGGGCCAAGCACGAGGGCUACUCCACUCUGCCCGGCUACGGGAACGGAAAGGAGGCCGUGAGGCCCAUCACCAUCUGGAAGGGCAACUCCUACACCACCAUCUCAGCCAGGGACCCUGCCUUCAGUGGCAAGGACAGUGGCAAGGGAGACAGCGACUUCAACGACAGUGACAGCGAUGUGAGUGGGGACACCGGCCUGAAGAAGGACGGGGCGGUCGUCCCUCCUCUGGCCAACCAAAACGGUCUGUGGGCUUGCCCCAGUGAGUGUAGUCUGGGUCACUCCGACCGCUGCUGGAGCCCCUCAGCAGUCCGAGCCAACGCGGCCCCCUCCUCCGGCCCCACCCUCACCUCCUUCAGCAGCCUCCCCAAAACCGCAUCUCUGCCCCGGGACCCCAACCGCAGGGACAAUUACUACCAGGCUCACAUCCCAAAAACCGUGGGGCUGCAGAGCGUGUACGAGAAGGUGCUGCACCGAGAGUACGACUACGUCCUGGUCACCCCGCCGCGGCCCGCCAGGGUGCAGGAAGUCAGCGACAUAACCAUCCCUGUGUACACCCCCACUCCCACACACCACCCAAACAAUGAUGUCUAGGACACACACACACACACACAGAAGCGCAUCCUCAAAGAAAUGUAUAUGUAUUCAGAUUCUUAAUUUAUGAUUCAUGGACAAUGAGAACAAUGUGACUAUUUCAAGUUAUUUGUUGUGGAGAGGAGUGCACAUAAGUUUAUAUUCUAAUGUUUGUGUAAGUUUUGUUUGAGUGUUAACAGCACAUUUGAGGUCCAUUCAAUCACUUUGGGACAUUCUGUGGACGUGAACUGUAUUAUAUGCUAGAUUUGUACAUACAGAGAUUUUAUUUUUUCUAAAAGUAAAGAUGUGUACAUACAAAUUGUAAAUAUGGAUCUUUAAAGCAUGCUUACUAUUUAAAAUGGCCCCAGAAAACUGCAGGAUGAGGGCUGGUGACCCACAAUGUAUCAAGUUGAUAACGAUGUAUGAAAUCAUCAGAAUGCAAUAAUAAUUAUUGUACAGGAUUUUUUCUAUUAUCACAAUAUUCAAAGAGAGAAUAAAC